ACCCUUGGGAUAAAGCUCCCGCAUUUUAAGAUCUUGGAGGCAACCAGAGUAGGUGAUUUAGUGUGCAAGGCCGGGAUGGUUAUUAACAAGGCAGAGCCCACCUUCCCAAGCUAAGGGCGGUCUUUUUUUGGUUUCUGCAGUGGGCUGUAAUUUGCUAUCAGUCUGCAUCUCUCUUCUAGGACAAUUAUCACCUCCUCAAGUUUGUACUUUCUUGAGUACUCUGUUCUGACUCACUGUAAGGGUUUCGCUAUUGAUUAAAAGAUUCCUUUACUUCCCUAACUCGUUGAAAAUUAACUUCACAGGAGGCCCAAAGAUAAUGCUUUCUGCCCUGGCAGUGAACUAUUUUAUUUAACCGUAAUCGAUAAGAUAGUUGCAUUCUAGGGGAACCGAAGGAACAUUCUUUGACCUUUUAGAUUUAUUUUAGUAUGAGAAACAGUAGCAAAGAAAGAGAGGGCCGGGGUAGGAAUCUGCUUUAGAAAAUAUAUAGGUCACUCAUAUCUUUUUAUGCUGCUAUUUUUGCCCACUGUGUAAAAAUUGCAGAAUCACUCUAGAUUGUAUUUUUGGUUAAGGUUAAAAUAGCAUCAUUGCAAUUUACCAUUCUAUACUCCUUAGAAAGUCCUGUCAGAACCCCAAUAGUGUUUGCAGUGAAUUAAAUUAUGAGGUAAAACAUAACAUUUGCAAUUAUUGGGAGAAGUUUCCAGAGCUUAUUUUUUGUUUCUAACUUCUGCAGAAUUACUCAAGUCUGCUUGUUAGGUAAACUUUAUAAAUUUGCAUCAUGUAAUAGGGUUGCAUGAACAUUACUCUGAAUUUCUUUUUGACGUGAAAUAUUGGGAAAUUUUCCACUGCCAAAAACAUCAUUACUCUGUUUAACCAAGAAAGAGAAAUGUUUGAUGCUAUAUACUUUCAUUCUUGGCCACAGCUGGAUUGUGAAGAUUGAUCCAAGGGACUAUUAAUUUCAGGAAUUGAUUUGAAAGACACUGGCUCUGCCACUUAACAGCCAUGUAACCUUGGAUAUGGAAGAAAGCAGCAGUGUUGCCAUGUUGGUGCCAGACAUUGGAGAACAGGAAGCUGUACUGACUGCUGAAAGUAUCAUCAGUCCUUCACUGGAAAUUGACGAGCAAAGGAAAGCUAAAACAGACCCAUUAAUCCAUGUUAUCCAGAAGUUAAGCAAGAUAGUGGAACAUGAAAAGUCACAAAAAUGUCUUUUAAUUGGGAAAAAACGUGGACGUUCAAGUGCUAUAACACAAUCUCUUGAAACCCAAGAACUUUGUGAGAUUCCAGCUAAAGUAGCCCAGUCACCUGCUGCUGAUAUUAGAAGAGCGGAGAUGUCACAAACGAAUCUUAGCCCCGACUCUCUUGCCCAGAGCGAUGGGAAGGCUAUGUCUUACCAGUGCAGCCUUUGUAAGUUCUUAUCAUCCUCUUUUCCUGUGUUAAAAGAUCAUAUUAAGCAGCAUGGUCAACAGAAUGAAGUGAUCCUGAUGUGCUCAGAGUGCCAUAUAACCUCUAAAAGCCAAGAGGAACUUGAAGCUCAUGUGGUAAAUGACCACGAAAAUGAUGGUGGUCAUGCUCAAGCCAAAGCCCAGGAGGGCACAAGCCCUUCCAACUCCUCACAGCAGAGAGCAACGGAAGGAAGCAGUGAGCCGCUUCCUGGUGUCCCUGGAAGCGUGAACAGUCCACAAACACAUGCCAUCCCGACUUCAGCUGAGGCAGGAGUGGGCCGGAGGAAGUGGUAUGCGUAUGAGCAGUAUGGCAUGUACCGCUGCUUGUUCUGUAGUUACACCUGUGGCCAGCAGAGGAUGUUGAAGACGCACGCCUGGAAACAUGCAGGGGAGGUUGACUGCUCCUAUCCGAUCUUUGAGAAUGAAAAUGAGCCCCUGGGCUUGCUGGAUUCUUCAGUGGCUGCUGCCCCCGGCGGGGUAGAUGCUGUAGUCAUUGCCAUAGGAGACAGUGAACUCAGUAUCCACAACGGGCCGUCGGUCCAAGUGCAGAUCUGCAGUUCACAACAGUUAGCCUCGUCAUCCCCUUUAGAGCAGAGCGCAGAAAGGGGUGUGCCCCUAGGUCAGUCAGUUACCCUUGACCCUAGUGAGGAAGAAAUGCUAGCAGUGAUUUCUGACACAGAGGAGAACCUGAUGGCUGAUAGCCUGCUCUCAUCAGCACAGAAAAUUAUCAGCAGUAGCCCGAACAGAAAAGGUCACGUUAAUGUGAUAGUGGAGCGACUGCCAAGCGCUGAAGAAACUCUUUCACAGAAACAUUUCCUCAUGAAUGCUGAAAUUGAAGAGGGGAAAAACCUGAGCCAGACAGAAGCCCAGAUUGGGUGUGAAGGAACGGAUGAUGUUUACCGUGCUGAUAAAUGCACUGUUGAUAUUGGGGGGUUGAUCAUAGGCUGGAGCAGCACAGAGAAGAAAGAUGAGUUAAUAAGUAAAGGCCUGGCUGCUGAUGAGAACGCCCCACCAGGCCGAAGGAGGACAAACUCCGAGUCCCUCAGACUCCACUCGUUAGCUGCAGAAGCCCUCGUCACCAUGCCUAUACGGGCCGCAGAGCUGACAAGGGCCAACCUCGGGCCUUAUGGAGACAUAAACCUCUUAGAUCCAGGUACUGGACAAAGGCAAGUAGACAAUAGUACCUUGGCAGCAUAUUCAAAAAUGAUGUCACCACUUAGAAACUCUACGGAUGGAUUGCCUAGCUUUAACCAAAGUAACUCCACCUUGGUAGCACUCCCAGAGGGAAGGCAAGAAUUGUCAGACGGGCAAGUAAAGACAGGCAUCAGCAUGUCCUUACUCACCGUGAUUGAGAAGUUGAGAGAAAGGACAGACCAGAAUGCUUCAGAUGAUGACAUUUUAAAAGAGUUGCAGGACAAUGCCCAGUGCCAGCCCAGCAGUGAGGCGAGCUUGUCAGCAAACAGCGUGGUGGAGUACAUCCCCAACGCGGAGCGGCCCUACCGCUGCCGCCUAUGUCACUACGCGAGUGGCAACAAAGGCCACAUGAAGCAGCACCUGCGAGUCCACCGGCAGAGGCAGCCCUACCAGUGUCCCAUCUGCGAGCAUGUCGCCGACAGCAGCAAGGGUCUGGAGAGCCACAUGAUCAACCACUGUAAGGCCAGGAUAUAUCAGUGCAAGCAGUGCCAGGAAUCUUUCCAUUACAAGAGUCAACUGAGGAAUCAUGAGAGGGAGCAACACAGUCUUCCAGAUACCUUGUCAGUAGCAGCGUCUACCGAGCCAAGAGUUGCCAGCGAUACAACUGAUGGGAAAUGUGUUCAGGAAGGGACUAAGUCCUCAGUCCAGAAGCAGUAUAGAUGUGAUGUGUGUGACUACACAAGUACAACAUACGUCGGUGUGAGGAACCACAGACGUGUCCACAAUUCCGAUAAGCCGUACAGAUGCUCUCUGUGUGGGUACGUGUGCAGCCACCCUCCUUCCCUCAAGUCCCACAUGUGGAGACACGCGAGUGACCAGAACUACAACUACGAGCAGGUGAACAAGGCCAUCAAUGACGCCAUUUCACGGAGCGGCAGAGUUCUAGGGAAAUCUCCUGCAAAGACUUUGUUAAACAGUGAGGAGAAAGCUGAUCCCAUCACCACAAGUUCAGAAAAUUUGGUGUCAUCUUCAGAACUGAUUUCCCAGACUCCCAGUGAAGCUGUAGGUCCCAACGAGAAUGAAAAACUGAGCCCUACAAAUAAUACCUCAUAUAGUUUAGAAAAAAUCUCCAGUCUGGCGCCUCCUGGGAUGGAGUACUGCGUCCUGCUCUUCUGCUGCUGCAUCUGUGGUUUUGAAUCAACCAGCAAAGAAAAUCUCCUAGAUCAUAUGAAAGAGCACGAGGGUGAGAUUGUCAACAUCAUCCUGAAUAAGGAGCAUGGCACAGCUCUGGACACGAGCUAGAGGGUGGCCGCUGGGGGAGGACAGCCGUGCAGGAGGGGCCUUUAAGCCACAGUCGGAUAACUAACAGACACAGGAGAAAGAAUUAGUGUGAUUUCUGAGGAGUGAGAGAUAUGACUUUGGAACCAAACUUGUAAUCUGAUCAAAGGAAUUCCAACUGGAUAAGCAGUAAUGUAAUAUUUAAAUAUUUUGAGUGAGGGGAAGGGGAUUAAGAAGGAAGCAAAGAUGUAAUCCUGUGUUACCUUUCUGUCCCCUCUUCCUAAUGUCGAGUGUAUUUAUUAACAAAAGCUCCUUGUAGUGUAGAAAUGCAAGCUAAGAUUUAAGAAAGGGCUUUUCAGGAACCAUUCUAAACCUUGUUACAGAAGUGUCACCAUCCAGCGGCUCAGUUUUCUUGUCCCUUUGACACGUCAACUCGAGAAUGACAGGCCUGCCCUGAGAAGUGGGAGGCAGCUCUCAGAGGGUAGAGAGCUUUUUUAGUGAGGGUAGGUUGUCACCACAGUCAGCAAGGAAACAGAUAACUAACGGGCUUUGAAGCAUUCUGCCUAGUCCCUAAAGAGAUAAGAAUGAUACGCUCAAUCUAAGAUCUUUUCCUUUACUCCUUAAAAAACAAAGAAGACUUCUAAAUUCAAAUCUGGAUUGUAAAUAGACACUUAAGAAAUAAAUUUCUGUCUUAAAUUACAGUGAAUUUCCUGUGCUCAAAUGAGGAACUAGGGGACGUCCCAUCAGACUCAAACCAGACCUCAAGCUCACAGAGUGGUAACUGGUUGAGCUCAGGACACUGUGAAAGGUUCUUUUCAAAGUGUUGGUCAGAACACGGGCACUUUCUCCAGGCUUAUAUUGACCUUCUCAUCCUCUUUGCUAAACAAGACCACACUUGUUAUCUGGAAGUGUCUGUUAAAACAACAAAGUAUGAAAUUUUCCAUUUGUCACUAGGCUUUGAAAAGAGUUUGAACUAUUUCCAAAAAUCAGUUGGGAGAUGAGGGUGAGGUUCGGAAGCCCCUUAGGAGGAGGACAGCAACUGUGAUUUUCCUUCCUGCAGUUUUUAACAUUAUUACAUUUAGCAGAAGAAUAACCAAAUAUGACUGAAAUCUAGAAAAAACUCAAAUUCAGGUUGUUUAUAGAAAUUUUAAUAACAGGAAGCAUUUGGCAAGUCCAGAGGACUUCCACCUAGGAAAUGCCAUUCUGUCAGGGUGCGCUAGGACAAACCCACUAAAAAUGCUUUCACGUUAAAAUCUGCCACCAAAUGGAUGUAAUAUCCCUACUAAUUACACAUUUUGUAUUAUAAAUUAUUUCAAAGAGUGAAGAAAAUGGUGUUCUUGUUUUUGUAGUUCUGGUCACUCACACAUUGUUUUGCUAAAGUAAAUUCUGCCUAUGAGUCAAAAGGCCAGUGUGCCAGUGGGUCACCAUCUCCAUGGUGCUGGUUCUGAGUAUCUGACACUCUGAACACCAAUUCUAACAUCUAGUAUUGAGGCUGUGACUCUGACGAACUUAGUUUUUGAACGGGACACUAUGUAGGCACGUUUUAGGAAAGAAUUUUGUUCCCAAAGUCCUAGGAUGAAUUCAAUGAGUUAAUAUUUUUAAAAUUAUUACUGUUAGGAACUAUCGUAAGUGGAGCCAGGCAUUUUGAAACAUUGUCUGAUUUGUUUUUUUAAUCUCAUGUUGAUGAUGAUAUUUGAACAAGCAUAAGUGAUUGUAACUUCACAGCUUUUUUUAUUGAGUUACCUUUAAUUGUUUACAAAAGUAAUCUGUUUCUGAUGUGGUUUUUAAAAAGAUGAAAUGAAUUUAUAGAUACUAAAUUAUA